UUUGUUAGUAAUAAUAAUGGCGCACUUGCGAAAGGUGGAUCUGGUGAAUAGUUUUCAGUAAUUUUUAUUUUUAUGUCGUGCGGUGAAGUGAAAACAAGGUGAUUUUAAUGCCGUACCCGAGGCGUUUUUCCGCCAAGAUGCCGGACUACGAUGACGAUGUAACCGUUGUCGAUGUGUAUGACUUGGCAUCGGACAUUGGCAAGGAAUGUGAAAUAAUUAUCGAGAAAUAUGGCCCUGACGCCGUAACAGCUUUAUUGCCGAAGGUGAUAAAUGCACUUGAAUUGCUGGAGAACUUGGCAGUGCGAAAUGAGAAGGAAAAUCAGGCGCUACAGGAGUUGACGGCGAAGAUAUCACAGUUGGAAAACGACAAGAUCGAGAAGGCUGAGUACAGGCAACGCUUCGAAAAGGAAAUAGAAGCAAUCGAGGAGCAAUGGCGGAACGAAUCUGCAGAAUUGGUGACAGCCGUAGCGAGACUUCAGGAUGAGAAUAAGCGCUUGAGGCGGACUAUAAAUGCGCCUACAGAUGGUACAAGCGCCCCACCUUCACCAGCACGUGAACACGAUCAGGAGGUCCUGUCCCGACUGAGUAGCACGGCGGAGAAGCAACGAGCGACGCUACGCCACCAGGAGUUGCAACUUCAAGAGAAGCAGCAGCUAAUUGAUGGUUUGUCCAAUCAAGUGGAAAAGUUGGCGCAAGUGAGCCGCGACCUACGGCGGAAGCACAAACAGUUACAGAAUCAGAUGCGUUUAGUUUGCGAGGAGCGCUCUGAACUGACAGCCAUAGUUCAAUCGCAACAACGGGAUAUCGCCGCGCUCCAGCAGGCUGAUGCACAAAACAAGAAAUGUGCCGCAUGCGGCGCGGCGACUCCAGACGGGUACGAUGAUGAGGACCAGUCUUCCAAGCCCACGUUCAGUGUGCGCGAGCUGCGUGCCAUCCUACACGAGAGGAAUGAAUUGAAAUUGAAGCUCAAUAGAGCCGAAGAGCAACUGCAGGCGUUACAAGUUGAACCGCAACCAGACAGCAGUUCAGACACAUCGCCGUCUAUGAGUACGAUAGCGGCGGAGGAAGAAGAGGCCCCAGUACAGGGUCCCCUGCCUGCUGAACCUGACGACGCCCCUUGGAAAAGGAACGGGGGCAUCAGGAAGUUGUUUGUUUUAUUACGGAAAAUGAGACCAGGGCCGAAAGAGAUCACAUGUAAAACACAACAUCUUAAAUACUAGCCAAGGAGCACGAUUUUGCAUGGAGUUCCAACAAUACACGGUCGCUUACCCGCUUGACCACUUGAAUACCCCUUUCCCAUUCCUUUCAUAUGUAUUAUUAAAAAAAAACAUAUUAUUUUUUAUUUCAUAGCACAAAUCAUCAUUUUGACAAAAUAUUAUUUCAAGAUAAUAAUAUCAUUGACACAAAUCAACUGUAAUUAACAUUUUUAAUCAUCUAUGUUAUGUGCAUUUUUUAUUACUUUUUUUUUAUUUUCACUGGUGUAUUUUUUUUAUAAAAACAAAAAUUUGUUUCGAUUAUACUUUGGAAUGAGCACCUAUAUUAUUUAUAUCGUAUAUUUUUUCCACAUUUUUGUUCUCGAAUAUAGGGUGUAUGUAUUGUAUUUUUAAUUUUGCAUCUGUCCCUGUGUCCCCCCGCCCGGCUCGU